AAGUGAAUUUUCGGGACAAGUUUAAGAUCUAUCGAUGGGUUUGACCUAAAUGAUUCUAGUUAUGCAGUUUCAGUGAUGCAUGAAUAGAAUAGUUUGUGGCUAAAAACUGAGAAAAUCUACGAGUUAAAAGAGUUGUAUAUUCCAGCUGAAUCUUUCAAAUAAUAAUAAUUGGAGUAUUUAAACAAGCUGAAUCUUUCAAAUAAUAGUAAUUGGAGUAUUUAAACAAACAGACUCUUUUACUUUGAAGGAUGGAUUUAUUUAAUUGGAGUUGAGAGUUUAACAAUAAUAAAAUGCCAGGAAAAUUAAAUUAUUUCUUUUAACGUUGAUUGUUAGUCAAAGGACAUAAGUAAAUCAAAACUACAAUUAGAGACCUAUUUAUAGCAGAUGAGGGAUAUAUUCAAACUUUUUUUAAUAGUUUCGAGAUAUUUUUACUCUUUUUCGAUUAAUACAUGAUUUAUGUCUUAUCACGUUGUAUGUCUUUUGUGUAAGUGUUUAUCACUUAAUCUUAUGAUUAAGUGAUGUAUUUUCUCACUUUAGCUAUUGAAUGUUAGGUUUAAAAUUGUUGUAAUACCGUAAACAUUGGAUGAAAAAUGAUGGCAUUCCAAACAGCUUUAAUUAGGUCGAGUCAACAAAUUGAGCUAAACUCAAGACUAAUGCUGUAUUUUAACAUGAUUAUCUCAGUCAACUAGAAUUCUUACUGUUGCCAUCUUCCCAACCAAAUCAAAUAUAAGGACAAAAGUACUUAAAACUAAGACAACUAAAAAAAAAAAACAGAAGAAGUUCUAUUUCAACUUAAAUUCUCUUAAUAGUUGUAAUAUACUAGUUAAACAUGUUCUCUAGUUUUUAAAGGGAAAAAAUAAUUAACUUUUUUCUCUAGUCAUUUAUCUAAAUUUAAUCAAAUUUUUUGUGGAGACAUUAGUAUUUCUUGAACAUAGAUAUCUAUAAGCAGAGGUGUAUUUAGAGUACACUUCAAGGGCCACUAAAUAUCUAUAACUAUUAAAUUGUGAAAUUGCUAUAUGAACCUAUAAACAGCAAAUAUUUGAAUAGACUUGCCCUAUAAGCAACUUCAAGUUCAAUAAGAAAUUUGUAUGUUUGGAGUACAUUAUGCAUGGUUGUUAUGCACAUUUUAGACAACGGAAGUACACUUAUUCAACCAAUGAAGCUUUGCUCCUUCAAUAUACUACGUCAUGUUUUCUUCCUCGUUCUCCUUGUAAGUUCUUAGCGGCGGAACUAGAAUUUCCAAUACAAAAGUAUACACACAAAGAAGUCAAGGAAUUCAGCAUCUAAUUUUGAUCUUAUAUAGGCUAAGGAGAUUCGAAUGAACUACUAGCUCCGCUAAUGUGUAUUAAUAUUAGUGUUUUUUUUUUCUGAAAUUUGAUUGCAGGGAUUGGCAAUUUACAUAUUUAUGAAGUUGUCAAUAAUGAGGAAUAAUAGUGAACGCCAUGUGAGCUUGUUGUCAGAGCAAUUGAGAAAUAAAACAUUUGCACAGAUUGAAAACACAGCCAAUAUGGUUCUGCCCUUAAAUUCCUCAGCAUCAAACUUGGCUAGAUAUCUAAGUUCAUCUCUCAAUGGAACACAAUUAACAUUCACCACUAUCCAAACUGAGGUAGCACACAAAUUGUUUCUGUCAUUUUCAACAAUCCCAUUUGUAUCACAAAUCUCAUACUUGGGACAAGAUAGGCUGAUGUACUCUUUUUACACUGAAGAAGGCCACAAUGAGCGCCAAACUUUUGCAGUGUUUACCAACUCUUCAUCUGCAGUGUGUUAUAGUCAGCCAGCGAAUCGUGACAGUGGGAUACCUUAUGGACAACCAGCGGUUGUUGAUGCAAAAACAGUGGGUCUCGAGAUUCUAGGAUGGUCUAAACAAUCCUCAAAUGGAACAAUGGGGUAUGCAUCUCAGUCCUUUAUUGGCAUUGGAUUGAAUAAAGCCAAGAGGAAACUAUUUUUCAAUACAGCGGCAAUGGAUGGAAGGGCCAAGAUCUCAGUGGGAUUUUCAGUUCAACUUGUGAAAAAUGAAUAUUCUAACUUAAACUUUUAUGGUGCGGAUUUUUACCUGGCCAGUAAUAAUGGCCAAAUAAUUGUGGAUACAAAGAUUCCUCAUACCAGCAUAAAUGCGUAUAAUGGUACCAUUUCUGUGCAAUUCAAGAACCUGGAUGGUACUCAUCAAGAUUUGAGUGGCAACCAAUCUUGUAAGCUGGGAAAUGGUGAAAGGGGACAAUUUGAAGUUAAAAUCAAGGAGGAGAAGUACAUGUUCUACUGCUCUGUCAUUGAAAUAGCUGGACUCGAAGCGGUAUACAGUUUGGCGUUCAAUGCUCAAGCAAUGGGAAGGAAUGUCCAUAAACAUAACAAAGAAGCAUAUUUGCUGCUUGUGUUCAUGUUUGUUAUAGUAGUAGUCUCGUUAUGUUCUUUCAUUAUCAUAGUCUUCAAAGCUGCAAGGAGAGAUAUGUUCUUGUGUGCUGCUCUGAUCAAGCAGAUGGAAUUAAGUAAUCAAGCAGAGAAGAAAAGUCUAAAUAAGAGUCAGGCAUUUGCGACUGCAAGUCAUGACAUUCGUAAUGGUUUUGGAAGUAUAACUUGUAAGAUAAACAGUUGUCUUGAUUAUGCACCCCCACAGCUUGAACAAAGCCUGAAGCUCAUCCAUGACGAAACCAUGAACCUUUUAGAUAUAUUAAAUUCUGUUCUGGACGCGAGCAAGAUUGAAGCUGGUAAGAUGCCACUCAAGAUGGAAGAGUUUGAUCUAGCAGAACUCGUCGAGAAGUUAAUUGAUUUGCAUUAUCAUAGAGCCAUAGAGAAGGGAGUGGAUUUGAUACUUGACCCUAUCGAUGACUCUCUUGCAAAGUUUCGGUUGGUGAAGGGUGACAGAGUGAAAAUUAUGCAGAUAUUAAGUAAUUUGAUUACGAAUGCUAUUAAGUUUACCCAAGAAGGCCACAUCUGUGUCAAAGCUUCUGUGAGCAAACCAAGUCGAAAUAAUGCACUUGUUGUUUGCAAUCAUCAUAAUCCGUUGAACUGUUGGACAAGGUUGUGCACCAAGCAAAAAUGUUGCUGCAAUACUUCAAAUGAUUUUCCAGCCAUCCAACAGAAUCCCAACUGCAUGGAAUUCACAUUUGAGGUGGAUGACACGGGUUGUGGGAUUCCGAAAGAUAAACAAAAAUCUGUCUUUGAGAACUUUGUUCAGGUGAAAGAAGAACCAACUUCUGGAGAAGAAGGUUAUGGCUUGGGACUAGGCAUUGUUCAAUCUAUGGUGCAUCUAAUGGGAGGAGAGAUCAAGAUUGUUGACAAAGACGACGGAGAAAGAGGCACUCGCUUCCAAUUCAACAUAUUUCUGACUACUCGUGACACAGUAUCUGUUGAAGCUGAGGAACAAGAAAACAAUGUGCAAAAUCAUGGUCUUAUUCGAAGUUAUCUUUCGCAUCACUUGGGAAUGCAAUUUCGGUUGUCUCCACCUAGAUCAGAAGGAUGUCAUGUUGUCCUAUUCCUAACUGGAGAAAAAAGGAGAAAAGUUUUAAGCAGGGCGAUAGACAACAUGAACAUAAAAGUUACAGAGGUGAGGAAAAUCAAUGAACUAGCUCGGUUGCUUGAUAGAAUAAAGAGAAAUAUGGACCUUUCCUCCAAUUUAACCAAUGAUGAUACAAAUGAAGUGGCUUCAGAAACCAAGGACACACAGGAUCAUGCCAUCCCUCAUUGCAAAAGGUCUAAUUCCAGUGGCUCGUCAAAUGUCUUGCUUAUAAUUAUUGAUUCUCAGGCUGGACCUCUCUCCGAAUUGAGUUUAUCUGUGGUUAACUUCAAGAAAGAUUUGCAGAAUGUUACUUGCAAGUUUGUGUUGUUGCAAGAUCAUGUUAGCCCACCGUGUCUUCCUCCUUUUGAUUGUGUUUUUACGAAACCAUUACAUGGCAAACGUUUACAUGAAGUGCUUAGACUUCUUUUUGAAAAUCGAAACAGUCCAAUCCAACAUGAUAGGACUAAGACGAGUCAAGAGAUUGAAUGCCAAGAACUGAAAUCAGGUACCUUACCUACAUGCCAACUCGAGGAGAUUGUGAUACCUGAUAGUAACAAAAAGAGUAGUAGCAAGGAAUUAAGAGGAAAGAAGGUUUUGGUUGUUGAUGAUCAACUCCUACAACGCAUGUACGCCUCCAAGCUCCUUCAAAAAGAAGGAGCAGAUGUUGAUGUUUGUGAGAAUGGAAAAGAUGCCUUUGAUAAAGUUUUCAAAUCUUUGAAUGAAGCUGACAAAACCUAUGAUUUUAUAGUGAUGGAUUGCCAGAUGCCAGUUAUGGAUGGGUAUCAAGCAACAAGGCUAAUACGAAAGGAGGAGAAAAGGCAUGGAAUUCACAUACCUAUAAUUGCACUGACUGGUGAUGAUAUGAACUCCCAUAUUAAGGAUGCUGGAAUGGAUUUUCACUUGACUAAGCCUCUAAAACUUGUAGAUUUAUAUGCUCUCCCAUUAACCGCGCUUCAUUAGAAUUUCUGGUUCCCUGAAUCCAGUUAGAAUGAAAUGUUGUUACAUACACAAUGAUUUAUAUAGCCUUUGGUUUAGGAAAAGGGAACUUGUACAGUGUCAUCGUUCUUGCUUUGGUUUGAAUGAUGUUGGGAUGACAUCCCCUCUGAUAAAGUUUGCUCCAGCUUCUCUCGAUAUAGCGGUAGAUAGAUAGUAAGUACAAUCAAAUUUUGAUUUUGACGGUUGAAAUUUGUUUGAACUGUUAGAUAAUUUCAGUUUUAGUACAAAGAACAAGUUUGCUGUCUUUAA